CCGCCCACGACAAACCCGCCCGCUUUCCAAAUCUCCUGCCCAAACCCCACACCAAAAACCAAAUCACGCCACUUAAAACUCCUCCGGCGUGGCUCGUAACGAGUCGCCUACCGUGCGUUAAUCCGGCGGAUCCGAGCGUGCGUGCGUUCAUUCAUUAGCCCGCACAGACACGGAAAAGGAAGGCAGGCGAGAGGGGGAGGGAGAAGACCAUCAGACCGUCCACCCAUUCGUCCGGCGGCGGCGGCGGCGCACGGAGCAGCAGCAGCGGACGGGGAUCAGCGAGCCGGGAAACCAUCCCCGCCCAGGCAUUUAGGAUGGUGGAUAACAAGAAUGAUGGGUCUGAAGGGGUCAAGUUCAACACGUCGCACCUGAUGCAAACAACCGAAGAGGUUGCAAGAGCAUUUAUUGCCGCUGCUUCAGCUGCCACCGUGCAACCAACACGGCCGUCUGUCGUCUAUUCGUCUGGGGAAGAGAGUGGCAGCCCAAUGCAGAAGCUGCAGCAGCAAUUCUCGAAGAUAAUGAAAGGGUUUUCAAAUUCACCCGAAGUGUCUGGACCAUACAACCCAGAAGUUCUCACGACACACAAGCGGCAGUGGUCGAGGUUCCAGCAGAAGUCAUUGGGUAAUAGGUGCAUCAAAGAACCAUCACAUCUUUUUGAGAGCAUAGUGAUUGUUGGGCUUCCUCCUCAGGCAGAUAUCCAUGAGCUAGAAAACAUUGCUCUAGGGAGAAAUGAUGAUGAUGCAAAGAAAUCAAGACAUAUAUUUGGCAACAACCAUCACCAAGUUCAUGCCGUAUCAAAUUUGGAACCUCAGGUCCUUUUUGCGUACCCCCCUGAGAGGUCUCUUCCGCUUAAGUACAAGGAUAUCGUCUCGUUCUGCCUUCCUGGAGGUGCACAGGUUAAUGCUGUUGAACGGACUCCAUCAUUCAGCGAGCUGAACGAAAUUCUCCUAGGGCAGGAACAUCUAAAAGAAAGCAAUCAAUCUUUCGUCUUCCGUUUACAGGUUGCUGAUGAUCCUACAUUAUAUGGAUGCUGUGUAUUGGUGGAAGAGAUUGUACAAAGACCCUCAAAGCUAGUUUCAAUGCUCACGAAUGAGAAACCUGUAUUUCCACGCCGGAGUCGUUAUGUAGUAACCACGCCACGGUGUUAUUGCAUCCUGUCCAGGCUGCCAUUCUUUGAACUGCAUUUUGGGGUGCUGCAGAGUAUUCUUAUGGAAGAACGACUUGAAUGGCUCACGGAUGGUGUUAGCAUGCUAACCUCAUUAUCGCCUGAAGAGGAAUGUGAGGAUGGUGAUAUUUGUGAAGGCUCCGAAAUCGUAGGACAGGAACUGUAUUUUGGUUGUACAACAGUAGAAAAAUCCUUUGAACCAAGUGUGGAAGUUUCUCCAAAGCAGCUCUCUGACACGGACAGCAAUUCUGAGUGUAGGGAGAACCAACUGGACUUCAUCUCCCAAGAAGUCCAACAGGAAAGUGGUUCUCCUGUCAAAGAAGAACAAAAUGUUCUUGUAACAGGAACAGCUACUCAGUGUUAUACCGCAGCAGAGUCUGACAAUUCUGUUUCAGAAGAUACACCGACUGGUGUAUCUGGAGUUAAGCUUGAUGAACCGGAUUCCUUACCCAUCAUUCCGAAUGAAUCUGAUACCAAGGAAGAUUCUCAUGUUCUUUCACAUGAAGAUGUGAUUGAUGGAGAACUUGAUAUCUUUGUCAAUGAUACUAUCUUGCCGCUUAUACGGUCUCGCCUUAGUGAAGGAUCUGAAUCAUCACCAAGUUCCCAAGACUCUCCUUCUGAAAGCAUAAAUUUGAGAAAUGAUACCCCCGACUUGGACUUGGAGGAGCCAUCUUCCAUUGGUCAUGGAGACGUAGUCGGGCACAACAGUAUAUUGCGAUGGGCUAAGGCCAAAAAGUAUGGAUCUCUACAAGUUGUCUGUCAGUACUACCAGUUGCAGUGUCCUGUCAGGGGUUCAUCACUUAAUUUUCAUCCGUUGGAGCACCUGCACUCAUUGAAGUUUCACCGGCCAGGUGAAACUGCUCUUCAUCUUGCCGGGUCGACUAUUGAUCUUCGGUCACGUGAUACAAGCUUAGAGGUGGCUGAGAUGCGUAAUGCACUCUUCGCUGAAGAGGAAUCGACUGCUUUAUCCACAUGGGCUGUUGCAACAAUAUGUGGAUGCCUCAGGUUGGAACAUGUAAUUACGCUUUUUGCUGCCGCGCUCCUGGAGAAACAGAUUGUUAUUGUCUGUUCUAAUUUGGGAAUGCUUUCAGCUUCAGUUUUAUCCAUAAUACCUCUAAUACGGCCAUAUCAGUGGCAGAGUCUACUCAUACCGGUUUUGCCAAAUGACAUGCUGGAUUUUCUGGACGCGCCUGUUCCAUACAUUGUUGGUGUGCAGAACAAAACACCUGAUCUGCAAUCCAGGCUAGCAAAUGCCGUGAUAAUUGAUGCCAACAAGAAUCAGAUUAAGUCUGCUUCAGUACCGCAACUUCCACAACAGAAAGAAUUGCUUUCUGCGUUGCGGCCGUAUCAUUCAAGACUUGUGGGUGAAAGUUAUCUCGCUAGGAAGCGCCCUGUCUAUGAAUGCACAGACGCCCAGGUGGAAGCAGCCAAAGGUUUCUUGGCAGUUCUUAGAUCCCACCUUGAUUCUCUGUGCUCCAACUUAAGAUCUCACACUAUUACCAAUGUGCAAUCCAACAAUGACAAGGUUUCCUUAAUUUUAAGGGAGAGCUUCAUUGGUUCUUUCCCGGCCCGAGAUAGGCCUUUUAUGAAGGUAUUAAUUUGCAACCUUCUCAUUUUCAUUGCCUUCGAUGUAGUUUGAGUGCCAUAUUUGGACAACGCUUUCAAGCUGUUUCUGGACACACAAUUGUUCUCGGUACAUACAGACCUAGUUCUUUCCUUUUAUCAGAAGGACUGAGUCUGUCUCCUGAUGAUUUGACUGUGUCAUCAGCGACAUGAUUUUUCAAAGCCUUUGUGAACAUUGAGCUCAACUGUACAUACCGUCGUAGAAGCUGCCAUUUAUAACAUUGGCAGCCCAUAGUGGACUAGAAGCUGCAAGGGACAACCCAUAUACUGUUGGCGAAGCUGUAGAUGAUUGAGAUCCAGUUAAUGUUAUACCAGAAAAUGCCCGUCGGGCUGUUGUAAAUUAGCUCUGCUUGGCUGUGCUACAUCAGAAGACUUUGUAGGCAGUAGUUGUUGCCAUAGGGAACCUUCUGGCUUGUUCUUCCUACAAUGCAAUGCACUCCAAUGGUCCGUGUUCACUGCAAAAUUGCUGGACAUGGGAUCUCAAUGCUCCUUUUGCAGCGCAGCUAGUCCGUAUAUGGGGAGGAAACCGGAAACAUGCACCGUAAUUUAAGCAGAAACUAGAGUUAAAACUGAUGCAAUGUCGAAGGACUAUUUGUAUCUCAAUUUUGACGCGUGAUGUUCUGUAUUGUAUAGAAACAGUUCGGAGUGAUGUCGAAGGGCUUUCAUCAAGUCAUGAUUGUUGUAAGACACCCCACUCGGAUUUUGGAGUUUGAUAUCAGUUUUGUGGAGAUACCAA